CUUCUAAGGAAAUUUACCCUUUCGGUUUCAAUAUUUUUUGUUUUGCCCUUCUAUUUUUUAAUAUUUCUAAAUUAUCCUUUUAAAAAAAUGAAUUAAUGAAAGGGUAUGUGUAUUCUAUUUUUCCCCUGAACCUGAACGACAUGAACGGAGCACAAAGAAAAGAGGAAGAGAAAGUGAGACAGAAUCGCGAAUAGAGCUUGGGAGAGAGAUGAUUUGUGUAAUGGGUAAUGCAAUUUUUAAAGUCUUUAAACUCAAGAGUGAGGGAAAAUGACUUAUUCUGGGAAGAUCAUCAGCUUGACUCUCUAAUCCCUAAAGAGGAAGAGACCCAUGUCUGUUUCAGCGAUUUGAGCUCGAAUGGUGCUUCAUUGAUGGCUCGGAAAGAAUCUAUGGACUGGAUUUUGACUGUUAAGGCGCACUAUAGGUUUUCUGCUGUGGCCAUUGUUCUUGCCAUGAACAUCUCCCGUAGAAGCGUUUCUUCGUCUUCUUCUUCUUCUCCGAGCUUCGGCCUUUUCUGUAAUUCUUCCAACACAAAGAAGCAUUUCAGUGUUGACGAGUUAAGGAAGCUUUUGUUUGACAAGGAUGCAUACCAUCAAUUUUUACUUUCGCUCGAUCAAGUGAAAAUUCAAAAUAAUGGGAGAACUUGGAAAAUGGACCACGCAUUAUGGAGCUCAGAAAUCAGUGCAGAAUUAUUAGAACAACAGAGUUGGCUGCUACAUAGGAGAAGUUACAUGAGCUUGAGAGACAAAAGGAAGAAAUGUUGAGGUUCGGUUCCCCUGCUUCCCUUCUCCAAAGGCUUCAAGAUGCAAUGAACAAGACCAAUGAGGAAUCUGAAAAUCUGCACAAGCAGCUUCUUGAUAGGGAGAUCGAGCUUGGUCCUUUUGUGCAGAUAUACAAGAAGCUUCGCACCACUUAAGCGAGCACUCAUUCAUCUUGCAGCUAAAACAAAUUCACUUAGUUGAAUUGAUAUUAUAGAAAGAUAUAUACUUGGAACACACUGAAAUCUUACUUGCAGUUUCAAUGCAUUGGCUAGAUAAACAUGAUUGUCUAUGUAUUAUUUGGUCAAAUAUUUUCUCUUUGCUAGUAUAUCAGUUUUGACAGCACUUGUUCAUGUACGUUCAACAUUCAUCGUGGGAUAGUAUUAUAAAGUUACAAUUUUAUCA